UGCUACAGGACCGGUCCAUGUUGUCACUGUGCUGAUCAAUUAUGUGAAUUCAGCUAAUGGUUUUCUUCUUUUCCUAACAUAGCACGUUGUUUUCAUGGCUAUGACGUUUUCCGUCUUUGCAGUGGAUGUCAGACAGCUAGUCUAAAUACGAAGUGGUCUUGGAGGCUUCAUGCUGUCCAUUCCUGUCCCUGUCCUGUGCCAAGUGUCAGCAUGGAUGAAGGAACCCUGGAGGCAGCCAUCAGUGCCUAUGGUGCCCAGCUGCAGCAGGUGGAGACCGCCCUGUCAGCUGGCCUGGACCCUUCCCAGCAGUCAGACCUGCUAAAACUGAAAGAGGACCUCAGUCAGCUGAUAGAGCUCACCGAGUCCAGCCUGGUGUCUGUCAAAAAGAGUAAGCUUCUGGCCAGCCUGGAGGACAUCUAUGGAUUUCAGGCGAACACCUCAACGGCAGCAGCUGGCACAAACGGAGCACACAGCAGUUUGAACGAUGAGUUUGCUGCUUUCUACACUGAACUCGGGGGGUCGUCAGGUAGUAGCUCUGACACUAGGGAGAAGGACAAUGAGGAGGAAGGUGGGGUAGAGUAUGGUGAGGAUGAGGAGGAAGAAGAAGAAGAUACACUCAGUGGCACCAAAGUAAGAGCACCGUACCGGACAUCAUGGGGGACAUUGGAGUAUCACAAUGCCAUGGUGGUGGGGGCAGAACCAGCAGAUGGAGAAGAGGCACAAGUUAGAGUUUUCUACGUCUACCCCACCCAGAAGUCUAUGAAACCCUGUCCAUAUUACCUGGAGGACAAAUGUCGCUUCCCGGAUACUUGCAGGUUUUCCCACGGUGAAGUGGUGUAUGUGUCGGAGCUCAGAGAGUUCCUUGAGUUCGACCUGAGCAAUCUUGAAGCAGGCUCGUCCUGCUUGGCUCGACAUGAGGACGGCCUCUGGUACCCUGCCAAAAUCAAAGAAUUGGACAGUGGUUUCUUCACUGUGAAGUUUGACUCGGUGUUGCUGAAAGAUGUUGUGGUGGAGGCCGACUGCAUCAUCCCUCCUUUGAGAGAGGACGACCUGCCCUCCUCCUCUGACUCUGACGACAGUGGAGAUGAAGAUGAAGAUGAUGUGGUUUUUGCAAAAGUUAUGGACUCCGCUGUAGAUCCCACAGAAAUGUUAAGAAGUGCAGAUUUCGGUGGCUGGGAGGCCCACACCAGAGGCAUCGGAUCCAAGCUCAUGCUCAAAAUGGGUUAUGAAUAUGGGAAAGGCUUAGGAAAGACGCAGGAGGGUCGACUAGAGCCAGUCAUGGCAGUCGUCGUGUCUAAAGGGAAGCCUCUGGACGAGUGUCCCGAGCUCACCCCGAGACGACCCCGCAUGAAGUCUGCCAAAGAUGGCAAGGGGACAGGCCGCCCGAAGAGGAAGCCUCGACGCAGAAGGCCACGGGGGGGCGCCACAGGGGGGCGCAAAAACGUCUUUGACUUUCUCAACAACAAGCUAGGAGGCAAGAGUAUUGGUCCUGCUGAGGGGGGGGCUGCUGCUGCUGGGGUAGCGGCCGGGGUGGAGGCUUACAGGGGGGGGAAAAGCAUAAAGAGGACUCUGAAUGUAAAGGUGUUCCAGGCUGCUGAGAGGGUGUCCCAGACUGAGAGGGAGAUCCAGAAACUGACGCAGACCCUCAAGAGACAGACGGGAAGGGAUGCCUCCAGAGUGAAGCAGCUGGAAGAGAAGCUGUCAGCGGCCCGCCGGCUGCUGGCCCAGCAGAAAGCCCAAGAGCUGUCCGUCCAGGGCGAGCACAGGAAGUCUGACACACACAAGAAGAUGACAGAGUUUUGAAACUCAGUUCUUCUUAAAGACUCAAAGAGGGUAACUGGAAGCACGGCCUGCCUGAAAUGAACUUUUGUCCCCCACCUGUUGUCAGUUAUUUGCUCCAGACAUUUAUUUUAACAUUUCUCUCCAGCAUCAUGGAUUCAAGCUGGCAGCCAUUUUAUGCAGAAUGCAGCAUUUACUAAUCAAUUCUGAUUCUCAUUUUAUUUUGAAGCACAGAGCGGUUUAUUUUGUUCGAUCGCUUGGUUUAAAAUUGUACAGUUCACACUUAUGUUACAAACCUCAUUUUGUUUGUGAUGAGCAUUAUGUCUCAGUGUAUUUUUUGUCUGUUUAUUUCUUUUUACUAACCUUAUCAUAAAAACCCUGUUUGAAGAAA